UUUACCAAACCAUAAUUGUGUUCGUUUUGUUCGGCCACAAUUUCAGAAUCGAACAGUCCUAAAUGUCGAAAUCCAUCGCAGCUCUCCAUCACGAACUCAUUCAGUUAUCUGAACCAAUCCGAGCAUCUCUAUCGAGAACACAGUACAGUCCACCAGAGGGCUCUAAUGUCUCUAUCAAAUCCAUGCUCGAAUCCCUCCUUCCUCAAAAACCCUCGACAUCGGAUUUUGACGUCUCCGAACCUGAAAUUCUUAGCAAAAUCAAAGAUUUCAGUCUAUGCUGUGCCGCAUUAACUUCCUUCGCUGGUUCAACGCACGACCAACUCUCAUGGAUGCCAAAUUCACUCUCGAUUGCCGCAGAAUUGGCAUUCGGAGAGCUCUCGAAAGCUUAUUCGAUCAAUUUAAGUGCGAAACAGUCGACGGAGUUUGGUGAAUUGGGUCUGGAUUUGGGGAUGAUAUCAGAUGAGAAGAAAUUGGGUGUGGAAUUGAUGCCCAUUGUGUUACCUUUGCUAAAAGCGAGUAUUAAGGAGAGUUCAAUUGAUAAGUCGGACGAUGGGGACGAGAUGUCUACUGCAACCUCUAGGGUUCCUGUUGUUUAUGCCAUUGUGGCUGCUUAUCAGUUUAGAUGGUUUGUGACACAGGUUGAUUAUCCACAUUUGGGGAAGUUGUGUUCUUUGGUGAUUCCUUGUGCACUGACAGCUCUCGAUCACUGGUCACCGGAGGUGAAAGGGCAGGGCAUGAUUAGCUUUAUACAUCUUGUGAAGAAUGUGAAUGCUGCUGAGCUCAGUUGGUAUGAAGAUGUAAUCCUUGAUGCAUGCUGCCAGAACAUUGCUUCCGAUGAUGAGAUAUGGCACCAUGUGGUUGAGAUGUCGGUACUUUUAGCGACUUCUAUCCUGCGGAGCAAUCCUCGCAGCCCAUGGUAUGAAAAGAUGCUGAAUGAGAUGUUAAGUCACUUGGAGCGCCAACCAAGAAACAAGGAGCGCCGUGUUGCUUGGCUUCAGUGCAUUGAGCCACUUUUAGAGGGUGUUGGUCUGGUACUGUUAGCUCAUUUCAGGCGUAUUUUCCCACUUUUCUUUCAGUGGAUGCAUGCUGAUGAUGAUGUAACUGUUCUAUUGGUUCUUGAACGGGUCCAUACAGUUUUAAAGUUAACAUGGAUAAGGAACACAACAUAUACUGAAAGAUUGGUGGAUGAACUUGCCACCCUGUACAAGGAGGCAGCAUUGAAAAUUUCUCGUGAAGAAAUUAGAGCACGUAUUCUUCAGAUUUUGAUAUUGCUUCAGCAAUGCAAAGGUUCGCAGUUUAAAGCAGCUUGGGACAAGCACAAGGAUGAUCCAAACUUGACAGCUCUCGCUCCAUCCUUUAGUGGAAUAAAUGCUGAAAUGAGGGUUGGAAUGCAGGUUGUUCGAUGAUGAUACAGAGGAGUCUGAAGUUAUCUGUUUGUCGGAUAAUCUAUGGCGAUUUUGAUGUAAAUAGCCAUUUUCUGCAUUCAAAGAUCCUUGUGCAUGGGGUACAAGCGCCAAAUUGUUAUCGAAUUACCAAUGUUCAAGUCCUUAAUUAACGGUUAUACCAAUGUAGUAUUUUUCAUAUUCUCCCAUCAUUUUUCUCUUGUAAAUGUUCUACUCUUGCUUUUAUCUGUUGGAGAUGUAAAAAUGGAUUGUAGUCUACAUGGAUUGUAUGUGGCAAAGGAUGGAAUUGGUGUUGCCAUCUCCGAUUUAGGAUGUCCCUUGGCGGAUAUAUGGUUUUCCAAACCUCGGGGUGUCAUUGUACUUUACCCUAAACUUAUCAUGGCAAUUUUUUAAAAUUCA